UUUUUUAGAAAGGUCCUUCAUUUCUAAACCUCCAUUCUCUCUGGCUUCAUUGACUUUCGGUGACCCAGGAAGACUGAUCGAGAACCAUGGAUGCUCUCAACCUGCAAUUCUAUCUCAGAUAAUCUUGGCUGCCAUCAGUUUACAUAGGAGACCCGGUGGAUUAUUCUGACAGAGUAAGAUCCAUAGACCUGGCAGUGUCAUGACUGAAAAUAGAGCAUACAGAAAUCUACUAAUUGAAUUUCAUCCUAAAAGUUUUGUCAAGAGAAACAAUGAAUAUCUCACUUUGCUGCUCUGUGGCCGCUUUGGAAGAAGUGUUGUGGGUCGUAUCACAAUUUUCUUACUUAAAGUUGCUGCUUUAGAGAUCAUAAGGAGGUUCUCCAAGAGCAGAUGUCCAUGUGUAUGGCGAGGCCUUCAGGCUCUACAAAUCCUGUGUUAUCCACCUUUUAAAUGGAUUCAGAGGUGGGCACCCUUCAAGGGUUUGGUUGACAACAUGCAGGUCCUAUCAAGACCGUUGCUAGCCCUUUCAAUUGCAACAUUGUUUUCUGAUCAGUCAAUUGCAACGUUGUUUUCUAUGAAAUCAAAAUGUAGUGAUAGAAAGUCAGAUUGUAGUUCAGAAGAUGCAGCAGUAUACUCCGAAUUAUCACCUUUACAAGUUGAUUUGAAUAUAAGCCAGUGUUUGACAAAUCAUAAUAAUUUAGAAUCUGAGAAGUGGUUGACUCAACUCAAUCAAGAGCUUGAAAAUCAAGGACUUAGUUUACCUGAAAGAAUCGAUGAUGACGAGCUUAGGAGAUUUUAUGCAGCUUCUAAUAAUGAUUUUUCUAGCUUUCUUACCUCAAUAAAGAAGACCAUACGAUGGCGAGAGACUUACAGAAUUCUUUCCUGGGAAGAACAGAAAUUGUGGACAAAAUUGGUCUUUUGGCAUGGGUGUGACGUGGAGCGCAGACCUUGCCUAAUUGUAAGGCUAGGGUCAGCCUGCAAUACUUUGGAAUGGGAAGAUAGACCUCGUUUUGCUCAGGCAGUAAUAUCACAGGUAGAAUAUGGAGUCUUGCACUUGGUUGAUGCAGACAACCCUCAAAUUACAGUGUUGGUGGAUUGUGAUGGUUUAUCUCCAGCGAGAAUUCCCAUGCAAAUGACGAGAUCUUGUUCUUCCCUUUUGCUAGACCACUUUCCCAAUCGUCUUGGUUGCAUGUUUGUCAUACAACUGCCAACCAGUGCUCAUGUUAUUGCGCAGUCUUUUAUUCAAGAAUUGAAGCCUGCUACUAGAAACAAGUUGAAAAUAGAAGGGGAAAUGUUUCAGAAAGUUCUUGCGGACUAUCUGCCAACACUGCCUUCAUAUCUUGGAGGCUCCUGCACUUGCGUGAAAUGCUAUACCGUUGGCUCACAGGAUAUGCUGCAACCUUAUGUGGCUGGGACCAGCAGGAGAGACAGGGUGGAGAACACCAGUGACAGUGACAAUGAGGAUCCUCCAAUCUUGCAUCCUUCCAAUGAAUUAGAAGGCGGCUUAUAUGGUCAAUAUAAUCAGUUGUUGAGAGCUGCUAUCGUAGGUAUUCUUAUAUUUUGGGCUUUUGUAGCCCUUGGUGCUGUAGUAUUUGAAACCCAGUAAUCUUCACCUGCCCUGAUAAUUAAAGGCAUGCCAAAUGUGGUUUGUAUCCCUUGAAGAGUAAAUAUUUUUAUUGGGCGGCAUAAUCCAAUUCCAAACAGGAACAUGAUACUAUUGCAGAUUCUGCAGCAUACUAUCACUUGCACUAUAGUUUCUAUUUGUGAUUUUAUUAAUAGUCGUGUAACAUACAAAAUCACGUCAUUCCACCU